AUGAAUCCCUACGUCGUUACUAGUUCAGCUAGUUCUCAUUCUAAUAGAGUUACUUUACCACCUAUGAUGAUUUAUCCUGAAUCAGAUCAUUCAAUAAAACUUGAAGCAAAUCAAAACUAUCAUCAUCAUCAUCAUCAACAGUCUUCUUAUACAUCUUCAUCAUUAUUUCAUCAUUCUAAUUUGAAUGGUUCUUUUGAUUCGGAUUACAAAAGUUUAAAUUUAAUUCCAUCCACCAAUUUCAAAACUUAUAUCAAACACCAAGAUUCGAUGACGAUGCCAAUGCCGAUUCCGAUUCCAAUUCCAAUCAAACCACUUCAAAUCUCACAUUCUACGAACAAUUUUAAUGAACAAGAUCAUUCUCAAUCCCCAUUUAGCCUACAUGAAUCUCAUCAAACUCAUCAUCAACCCGAUCAACGUUUAUCAUUAUCCUUACUCUUAGCUGCUGCAAAUGCUUCAGAUGCGAAUAUUCCAUCUACACCUUCUACUUCGAUCCAUCACGUCAACCAAAGCCCUACAAACGUUUAUACCCAAAACCCUUCUAGUCCUAGUUGGAGUUCUAAUCUUACAGGAAGUUCAGACCAAAUCAUCCCACCUAGUUCUCCUCAUACCCCAUUAGAUACACCAACAUACUCUGAAGGAAAAUUGAUACAUAAAUCUCAUUAUCCGAUUUAUUCAGACGAAUUCGAUCCAAGAAAGUUACAAGAAGUUCAUUACCCAACAUACAAAAAUGAAAAGAUUCAAGAAGAAAACUUAUUACCGGAUGAAGAGAGAUGGACAUCUGUAUCAGUGAUGAUGAGAUCAAAUCAAAGUCAUCAAUGGUCUGAGUCACCUGAUUUACCUUCACCACCACCUUCGAUUACGAAAUCUAAUGAUCAUCAACUUAUUGAAGCUGCUGAGGAAUGUGUGGGAAAAGUGAUGAAGAAGAGAAAGAAUAAAAGAUCGAUUCCUUGGACUGCUGAGAAACCAAAACAAGGUAAAAAGAAACGUAGUGUUGGAUACGUUAGACCGAUUAUAAAACACAGAAAAAGAGUAGGCCAAAGGUUACUAGACAUGCUAAAAAAUUCACCUAUUCCAAGUAAAUGUCCACCAAUGGAAGUUAAUAGAGCAAGAUGUUUUCCAUUUGCCGAAAUGGAAAGUAAGUUAAAUGAAUGGUAUGGAUUACAGAUUGAAUGGCCUAAGGAUGGAAACUUUAGGAUGGAUGAGUUGAGGAGUACUAGGAGGAUGAGACAGGAUGAGUUGGAUAGAUUGGAUCAAACACUUGAUAGUGGAUUGGUUAGGAUUAGAUUAGCAGAUUGGGUUUUGGAAGAAGAACCGUUUAGGUUCAAUGAGUUUAGUUAUCCUAGUGAUGGAUCGGAUUCAAGUCUUGAUGAACAUGAUUUGAUUGAAUUCGAUUCUAGUAAUGGGUUGGUUGAACGUACUUUGAGACCUGAAAUGAGUUGA